UAUGCAACCAGGGUUCCUAUAAAAAAACAAGCUCAUUCAGGCCUCAGCUCAGCUCCCUGGGAGUCUCACGUCCUCUCUGCACUCUUGGACCCUGACAGCCGCCGCCAUGAAAACUCAUUACUUUCUUCUGGUGAUGCUAUUUUUUCUUUUCUCCCAGAUGGAGCCAGGUGCCGGCAUUCUCACAGGUCUUGGACACAGAACAGAACAAUACCGAUGUCUCCAAAAUGGAGGCUUCUGUCUCCGCUCCAGCUGCCCUUCCACUACCAGGCAACAGGGAACCUGUAAACCAGAUAAACCCAACUGUUGUAGGGCCUGAUAGCGAUUUGAAGAAUGAACAUAAAAGACGAGUGAGGGCUUGUAAAAUUAGUAUUUUAAUAAAGGAAGUGUUUUCUGAAGCAUAUUCACAUCAGAUCAAAAUAAAUUUUAUGUCUCAGUUUAGAAGAGGUUUUUUUAAAAGUGUAAGGCUUAGAACAAAAGGUGGGAAAAUCCAGAACACCUGCCUGUCCCUGAGUAACGAUGGUCACCAUUUGAGUGAUAUCACUUCUACUUAAUUCUGUCACCAAACUACAUGCACCCAGUGCAGGAAGGCCACUCAGAACUCAACAGUGAACACAGUUCUCAGCCCUCCCAAGGCCUCCCAGAGGAUGACUU